AUGGAGGCCCAAAAGUCAAAGAAGCCCACAAUCAGAUACCACUCGCGCAACACACCCGUGCAGGGUUGCCCGGCCGCGCACGAUACUGCAAUGGAAUUUUCGGAAUUUCAUUUUGAAGGCUAUUUGAGGGAGAAAAACUAUAUAGGUUUCAAUCGCGUUUUUCUCCUCAUUCCACGAUCCCCACUUCUACUCUCUAAGCAUCUCAGAAACUUGAGUAAACUGAUGCUGAACUGGAAUACAAGUUUAAAUCAGUUGUUGAUUAAGAAAUCACAGGUUUACCAUCCCAACAUUGACUUGGAUGGAAAUGUUUGCCUCAACAUUCUUUGUGAAGACUAGAAACCGGUCCUUAACAUAAACACCGUCAUUUAUGUUAAGGUCCUUAACAUUCUUCGCAUUAGUUAAUAGUUAGUCUCCAUGCUCUCGCUUUUCAAACAAUUUCUCCCACAUUCUUCUCAUAAAGAAGGCGAGACCUUUAGAUGUGGAUUAAGGAUGUUUGUGAUGAUAAAGAAUUAGCACAUACGAUUAUAUAAGUGCAUUAAGGGAAUAAGAGAAUCAAGGAUAUGGGUGCCCUUUCAACAUGCCCCUUUGGCAACCAAGAUUUCAGAUCUUGAAUCCAUAUUUCCAUAACUGAAUACGUACAGGAGCUGUGAUCUGACUCAGUGAAGUUGGCUUUCUGUUGCUUGGAAACUUCUAGAAAAAGAGUCGACACUGGUUGAGUUGAUGCAUCUUCAAGUGGUGAAGUUGCAAGGCUUAAAAGCUGCCAUGGAGAUUGUCAAAAUAGAAAUUACGUACUCAUGGGUUCCUUUUAAUGUUGUAUAUGUUUUUUUUUUCUAUAAUAAAUAUUUGCAAAGUAUUACAUUU